UGAGAAGAAAAGACAUAAAAUGAACAUAAAAACAUAAAAGAAAAAAUAAUUGAUCUAAAAUGAAAAACAUUAAAAACAUGAAUGUAAAAUGAGAUCAAAUAAUUAAUAAAAUAAUAAAUCAUUAAAUAAGCAGACAUUUAAAAGAAGUUCUGAGCAGUGUACAUGAACACAUUGUUAUCAUCAAAUAACUUUCUGUGAAUAACGAUUAUUAGACUAAUCCUCCAAUACUUUCCAUAGAUAUGAACUCACUACGUUAAUAAGUUCACAUUGUUUGUCAUCUACUUGUCUGCCAACAACAUUCAUCAGCCAAUACCUCACACGGAGGCAGUUAUUUACAGUAACAUUGUUUAGUCCAGUGGUUCCCGAUGAAAGGGUCAGGCCCCUCCAAAGAGUCACAAGAUAAAUCUGUGAGAUCAUGAGAUGACUAAUGGCACAAGAAAGAGGAUAAAACAAAUUCUGAUACACAAAUCUGUUUUCAGUUUUUUUUUUAGACUUUUCUCUAAUAUUUGUUGUUAUUGAAUAUUAAAUAUUGAAUAACUUGAAAAACAUUUAAACAACAGGAGAAGUUUAACAACUCAUGGACAUCUGAAACAAACACAAUAAAACACUGCUUCUUUGUAAGGGGGGAAACAGGAAGGGAACCGCUGGUUAACCUUUAACAAAGUGUUGUAUUUUUUGAGUUUAUCAUGUUUUCAAUGCAAUAAUAACAACACCUGCCAUAUAAAUACAGUGGAGUAAAAAGUACAAUAUUUCUGUCUGAAAUGUAGUGUGGUAGAAAAGUAGGAGAAAAGUUUUAGUGUCAGGACAAAAAACCCAAAAAGGUUGAGGUUGAACUGCUGGUUGAAUUUUUAACAAAGCAUUGUAUAUUAUAAGAGUUUUAAUGUAAAACCUUAAUUUGAGUAAGUAAAAAUAGCUGUGAUAUAAAUGCAGUGGAGUAGAAGUAGAAAGUAGCAGAUACUCAAGUAAAGUACUUCAAACCUAUACUAACUUGAGUAAAUGUACUUAGUUACUUUACACCACUACAAAUACUGAAAUGUUGCCUUAUAAUGUUAGUUUGUUCUUGUUUUUACACCUGUGGAAUACAAAUAAUUCACAAAAUCCUCGACUUGAAGUAUCUAUGACCUGUUUAAAAAAAAAAAUAUCACUGCAAAACAAGUUCAAGUGAGACAUUUCUGUUGGAACAACCUGAAUUUCACAAUUAAAAGUGAAACCAGAAAAGGGCCUUGGCAGUAUUUUUCCGGUUAGUUUUGCAGCUGUAUUUAAUGAGCGCUCGUUAGGUUAUUCUGGGAAACUGUGGGAAGAAAAUAGCCGCCGUUUAAUCCCCUGGCAGUGAGUAAACAGCCCACACUGGGCUAUAGGUAAGCUCAACCCACCUCUCCAGUGUCGGACACCCUUCAGAGGCGGUUACAGCUCCGCCAGCGCGACUCUCUGCUUCAGCUUUAACGACUUCUUCGAACUGGAGCUUAAUGGGGUUUUUUUUUGUCAGUUCUUCGUGGAUAAAGAAAGUACGAUAAUUUCACCGAGGUAUGCUGCACAGACCUGAGGAGUUACGUGGCGCUACAAAGCAACAAAACAGCGGUCAACGUCGCGGCAGCUCGUGAGCUACAGAUCAGUGUUUCCCAACCAGGGGUACGUGUACCCUAGGAGAUACAGUUGCCAGGGGGCUGCUGGGAAGAUGAAACAUAAACUACAAGUCCCAAUAUAGAUGGAGAUGGCAAGGCUUUUUCCCCUCGAACAGAAAACCAUUUGCUGCCAUUUCAAACAGUAUGCAAAGCAGAAUCACCUAGCCUUUAAAAUGACCUGAGCCACAUAAUCCAUCACAGCAAACAUGAAGCUGACAGCCCACAGAUUUUCAGAUGAAUCAUUCCUUCUCUGAGUCUGAGGCCAGGAACAUGACAGAGCAGCAGGAGCAGAGUGAAGACACAGGCCUGCUCUCAACUCAGGACCUGGACCCCUCCAAGGACGACGACACACACGGCCACUUCAGGUUUCAACUGAUUGAAGACCUGUCCUAUGAAGAUGUAAAGAAAUGUUACAGGGGCUCGUGUGUGUCUUGCAGCGGUUUGCUCCAGGCCUUGGAUGUGCGCGAGUGUGUGUGUGUGUACGGUGCCAACGUGCUGAGCCUGGUGCAGAGCUCGCGUCCUUUGAGGGAGAGGGUGGUGUCUGCGGCGAGCGGAGCAGGAGUGGCCGGUGGUGGCGGAGUGGCUGGUGGUGCCGGCGGUGCUAGUGCUGUGCAGGCAGGCCGGUCCGCCAAGGAGCUGCUCAUGACUCUGCCCUGUCCCUCUGCACAGACUGUCAGCAAGUACAACUCCCAGUACCACAAACUGUUCCAGUGCGUGCCCAAGGAUGAGAUACUCAUGAAAGUGUACUCUUGUGCUCUUCUCAGAGAUAUCCUUCUACAAGGCCGACUGUACAUCUCCAGAAACUGGCUGUGUUUCUGUGCCAACCUCUUUGGCAAAGACAUCAAGGUGGCUAUCCCUGUCGCUUCUGUGAGGCUGGUGAAGAAGCACAAAACAGCGGGCCUCGUGCCCAAUGGCUUGGCUAUCACCACAGACACCGGCCAGAAGUAUGUAUUCGUAUCUUUGCUAUCACGAGACAGCGUCUAUGACGUCCUUCGCAGGAUCUGCACACACCUACAGGUCAAUGGGAAGAGUCUGAGCUUGAAGCAGUUUAUGGAGGAGCCGACCUUAUCGCUGGACGAGUUCCCGACUCCAGACGAAUUCCCAGUGGUCGACGAAUUCCCAUCAGUGUUAAAGUGGAGAAGGAAACCCUCAGUGGUGUCUGUGUCCUCCUCCCUUCCUGACCUCCUGGGGAACUCCACCAGCAGCUUGAGCGCCACAGACACACCCUUCAAAUCAGAGCAGCUGCUGGAAGAGCGAGCUCUGCAGACAGACAGAGGUCUUUUAUCAGAGCCAGUGGCAGAGCUGGGCCAGAUGGAGUACCAGCUGCUCAAGUUCUUCACCCUCCUUAUUAUUCUCCUCAUCCUGUCAUCGUGCUACUUGGCCUUUCGUGUGUGCAGUCUGGAGCAACAGCUGUCCUUCCUCAGUAACCCAAAUCUGCCCCUGAGAGAGAGGUAACCGCUGCUCUCCGCUGUGACCCAUCAGAUUGGCUGUCUUUGAUUCUUCCCCUGCUUGGAGUUGUUGAUGCCCUGAUCCAGGACCAGCUUAAAGCCCAGAACAGAUAAAGCCCACACCAGCUGCAACACAUAAAGGAGCAACAUCAACCUGACUCCGGGCAUGUUACGGACCUUCCCACAGCGGAAUGAGUUCCUAUUCAGUGAUCACUUCCAGACUAUGCAAACAGACUGUCUAUUUAUUUUUGAAUAUAAAGUAGGUUUUACUUUAGAUAAUGAUUGUCUACCAUGACCGGUCCCUCACACAGACAUUUCAUCUUUAACCACAUGAUGCUGCAGUGUAGAGCAGAUUACAGUUGAACCCUCUGUAACACUGAUGAAGUUUAGUUUAGCAGUGGUGGAGACUAAAGGUGAGGAUGGAAAGGUAAGACAUAAUUCAACACAUUAAUUACUUGAAAAGACUGAUAGCAAAGAUAUUUCAGGUGAGUGGUGUUAGCAGUCAUAACUCAUCAAUUAAUAUGCGACAUGCGACAUAUAUUCUGACUGACAAGUGGACUAAACUGAAUGUUUUUCUUUCUGGUGAGAUCUUGCUGCCACAGCCCUUAGUAGGAAGGCUACAACUAGCUGCGACAAAGCACUUUUUAACAUAUGUUCACAUUAUUUCAAAUGUAUGUAACUGUUUUAGCUGUUUUUUGCUUGUUUAUAGGUACUCAGUUAUCAUUUUUUGAAAGUAUUUAUGGAAGGAAGUCUUGUUAUGACUUUAGUGUCUGAAGUCAACAUACAGGAGUGAUAACACCACCCAUGGGUGUUAACUGUAAUGUGAAUGAGAUAGUUAGAUGACAUGCAUAAUUUUUGUUUUUUGUUGUACGAAUCUGCUGUGUGAAAGGAAUGUUUUUUUCUUUUAUACAUUUCAAAUGAAGUCAACAAAAACUCAAAAAUGACACAUUGAGGUUCGGAGUGUGAUGAUGAUGAUGGUUUAUCUUUGAAGAUGUUUUACUAAUUUUGCAAAUAUGGGUGAAAUGUAGUCCUAGUUAGACUAGUUUGCAGAUCCGUAUGAAUUAAAUUGGAAACAAAAUGUAGAUAAACAUUUGUGGCUUUUAA